AUGAAGUUCAACGUCGUUUUCUCUACCCUUGUCAUGGCUCCCCUAGCCGUCUAUGCUGCUCCCGUUGAGGCGAAGCGCGAGCUCAACUUGGGCGGCCUCGGCCCUUUGGCUGGCACCGACGGCGUAACCAGCGCCGGCCAGGAAGCUAUUGCUGAAGUCUUCAAGGCUGGAGAUGCCGUUUUGAACAUUCCUGGAGAUGCUGUCAACUCUCUCAUGUCUGGCCGCCCCGACCAGGCUGUCCAGGGAGCUGCUUCAGGUAUCGUCAAGACCCUUGGAAGCCUGCCUGGUGAUGCUGCCAAGAUUAUGGGCGCUCUUACCAAGGGAAACUAA